AUGAAGAAGUUUGAUAUUGAUGAUUUAAUAUGCAAACUACUAAACGUUGGAACACCCGGAAACUCGUUAGUUGCCACGGUGUCUGAGGAAACCAUUCUUCAGCUUUGCCACAUAGCGAGGAAUGUUAUAGCCUCUCAACCAACUUUAAUCGAAAUUGAAUCUCCCGUGAAAAUUUGUGGAGAUAUACAUGGACAAUACAGUGAUUUGCUGAGGCUGUUCAAUCGCGGAGGAUUCCCUCCUGUAGUGAACUACUUGUUCUUAGGAGAUUAUGUGGACAGAGGGCAUCAAAACUUGGAAGUCAUAACCUUACUGCUCAGCUACAAGGUUAAAUAUCCCAACAACUUUUUCUUGCUACGGGGUAAUCACGAAUGCCCAGCGAUCAACAGAGUUUAUGGAUUCUUUGAAGAAUGCAAUCGCAGAUAUGGGUCUCCGCAUAUAUGGCUUGCUUUCCAAAGCGUUUUCGGAACAUUGCCACUAUCUGGCUUAGUGAGCAAAAGGAUUCUCUGCAUGCACGGAGGAAUAUCGCCCGAUCUCACAAGUAUAGAACAGUUACGGAACUUGAACCGCUUGCCUGAACCUGUAAAUCCUUCUGUUCAACUCGACUUGCUUUGGUCAGACCCAGAUGGUGCUAUAAACGGUUGGGCACCGAGUAGCAGAGGAGUUUCAUUUGUAUUUGGUGUUGAUGCAUUGCAAUCAAUAUUGAAAUCUUUAGAAAUAGAUUUGAUAGCUAGAGCACAUCAGGUGGUACAAGAUGGAUAUGAGUUUUUCGGUAACAAAAAGCUCGUUACCAUAUUUUCAGCACCUCAUUAUUGCGGUCAGUUUGAUAAUGCGGCGGCCAUGAUGAAUGUUGAUGAAAAUUUAUUGUGCUCUUUUCAUGUUCUACGACCAUCGCUAAGAAAAACAGUUAUCCCUAAGUUCAAGUACUAA